AUGGGAAGCAAGCGUGUUCCCCUGGUACCCCGCCGCCGCCGCUUAGCGCGGCCGGCUGGCCGCCGGCACAUAGGAUCGACGAAGCAGCACCGAGUCUUCCUCGCGCUGGAGCGAGACUUCCACUUUCAGCAGCUGCCCUUGAGGCUUGAUAGAAAAAUUGAAAUGCGCCUCGACAUCGCGAUGCGCAGUAUCCGGCGGGAACAAUUCUGCGUGCGGAAUGUCGGCUUCGAUGCUGCCGAAAUACACCAGGUGGGAGCGGACGCCGUCCAGCGGGUAGGUGAUACGACAAUCCCAAUCGACAUCAUGAUCCGACCGGAUCUUCUGACGGUCGAAUUGCUCAGUGCUGGUGUACAAAUCGGAUGA